AUGGAGAACAACUUUCAUGGGUUGCCUCCCCACAAAAGAUUCAAGCUAAUGUAUCAAGAGGGAGGUAAACACCAAGAGAAGCAAGACAAUGUCACGUCUUCUCUCUGUCUUCCGGUGAAAAAACGAAAAGCAUCCCUAGAUCCACCACUUCUGCCGCCCAAUUCCACCGCCGCCACUUACUGCUUACCUGCCAAGAAGAGGGUUUGGGCUCUUCAACCCAACCUCAUACCCAACGAAUCCAUUUCGCCUUUCGACCUAAAUGUCGAAUACAAUCCAUUUUUUUAUGAAGAAAGUGAAACAGCACCACAAGAACCAAAGAAUGUUCCGAUUUGGAAUAAAAUUGGUGAGAUUCGAGUUAAUGAACACAGCAACGAAGCUGAUAGAGUUGACGAUGAAGAAGGUGACGACGAUGGAAUUGUAUGUGCUAUAUGUCAAAGCACAGAUGGAGACCCAUCAGAUCCAAUUGUGUUCUGUGACGGUUGUGACCUAAUGGUUCACACCACCUGUUAUGGUCACCCCCUUAUAGAGGGUGUCCCAGAAGGGGAUUGGUUCUGUACCCAAUGCUUGGCUUCCCAAUCACCCAAAUCAAAGGACUUUUCUUGCUCUCUAUGCCCAGUCGCUGGUGGUGCACUGAAGCCCACAAAUGAUGGCCAGUGGGCUCAUAUUGUUUGUGCCCUUUUUGUUCCUGAGGUCUUUUUCAGUGACCCUGAAGGCAGAGAAGGCAUUGAUUUUACUAAGGUUCAUCCAUGGAGGUGGGAACAGAGUUGCUAUGUUUGUGACUCUGCAAGUGGGUGUGUUCUUGAUUGUUCUGAGCCAAAGUGCCCUUUGUCCUUUCAUAUCACAUGUGGGUUAAGAGAAAAUCUUUGUAUUGAGUACACAGAAGGGAGGAAUAAGGGGGCUAUUGUUGCUGGGUUCUGCAAAAGCCACACUGAUCUAUGGAAGAAGCAACAACAAACAGGCAAGUUCAAGAUUGUGGCCAGAGACAAGCAUAAGAAAUAGCAAGAAUUUUGGGCUUACAAAGUUUUAUGACUCUAGGAAAUUGAGAAUUGGGAUCUCAUGAUCUUUUGCGUUGUCAUGAAUUUGGUCUCUGUAGUUUUGGUACUGUAGAUUAUGUUAGUCGAAAAUUUGAU